CACCUUAAGGAGGGGCUGGGUAUUAAGGGGAGUCCCCAGCCAAGAUGCUGGGCCAGUCCAGAAGCUGCUUUCACUUUGGGUAGUCAGCAGCUGGGAGCUGCAGGGCAAGUGCAGACCACACAGCUCUGGGCCCUGCCGUUCCUCCCCUGCCUUGAGCUGGGCUCCUCUGCCCCCAGGGCUAGGUGGUUGCAGCCCCACUAAGCCAGAAGCCACCCACCAUCCUGUUUGCUCUCAGCCAUGGCACUGCUGAAACUGCAAGGAGCAAUGAGGAUUUUCAGCUGCCAGAGGAGCUACUCCCUGAAGGCACAGGGGCAGCUGACAAAGGACUUCAUGGAGGCAUUGAAAGCAGUGGCAGGAAGCUCAAAUGUGUCCAUGUCUCUAGCUGUUCGUGAGCAGCAUGGGAGGGAUGAAUCCAUGCACAGAUGCAGCCCGCCAGAUGCAGUGGUCUGGCCCCAGGAUGUGGAGCAGGUCAGCAAGCUGGCUGCGAUGUGCUACAGCCAGGGUGUUCCCAUAAUCCCCUUCGGCACUGGCACAGGACUGGAGGGCGGCGUGAGCGCAGUCAAGGGCGGUGUGUGUUUUAACCUGACCCGGAUGGAUCGCAUCUUGCAGCUGAACACAGAGGACUUCACUGUGGCUGUGGAGCCUGGGGUGACCCAUAAAGCACUCAACAGCUACCUGCGGGACAGCGGCCUCUGGUUCCCUGUUGAUCCUGGUGCUGAUGCCUCUCUCUGUGGCAUGGCUGCCACGAGUGCCUCAGGGACCAACGCAGUGCGCUAUGGCACCAUGCGCCACAAUGUGCUCAACCUGCAGGUGGUGCUUCCUGAUGGCCGGGUGCUGCACACGGCUGGCCAGGGGCGCCACUUCAGGAAAAGCUCUGCAGGCUACAACCUGACAGGGCUGUUCAUAGGCUCAGAAGGGACACUGGGACUCAUCACACAGGCAACGCUAAAGCUCCAUGGCACCCCGGAGGCCAUGGUGUCAGCCGUGUGCUCCUUCCCCAGUGUGCAGGCAGCAGUGGACUGCACAGUGCAGGUGCUGCAAGCAAGCAUCCCCAUCGCCCGCAUUGAGUUCCUGGACGAUGUCACGAUAAGUGCCUGUAACCAGUUCAGUGGCCUCAGCUAUGCAGUCUCCCCCACACUCUUCCUGGAGUUUCACGGCACCCCCAGGAGCUUGGAGGAGCAGGUCCAGAAUACAGAGGACAUUGUGCAGCUGAACGGUGGCUCUGACUUUGCCUGGGCCCGAGAACCAGAGAUGAGGAACAAACUGUGGACUGCUCGGCACAACGCCUGGGCUACUCCACGGAUGUGUGUGUCCCUAUCUCCCAGCUCCCCAAGAUUGUGGUGGAGACCAAGAGAGACUUGGAGGAAUCUGGGCUCACGGGAGGGCUCUGGCCCUGAAUGGCACCUGCACAGGGGAGCAUGGCAUUGGGCUGGGCAAACGCCAACUGCUGCAGGAGGAGAUUGGAGAGGUGGGGCUGGCCAUCAUGAAGCAGAUCAAGGUCAUGCUGGACCCCAAGAACCUCAUGAACCCUGGGAAGGUCCUGUGAAGAGUCCUUGCUGGCCCAUGCUAGAGUACUGGGCUGACGGAGGAGCAGGGGAAGUCUCCAAAGGCAGCUCCAGAGCCUGGAGUGGAGCCCCCGCCAGGGCAGCUCUUGAUUGUAACUCAGGCUCUGGAAAUUCAGAUGCUGGGGGGAAGAGAAAAGCCCCCCCCAAGUCAGAGACUUGUAACCAUGCUAUGCUAAUGCAGAGUUUAUGGUUUAUGGCUUGUGUGUGUGUUGGGGGAGGGGGGAUGGAGAACAUAAGAUUGACCCAGAUUUAAUGUGUGAACAAAAAUACAACCUACAUGCUUCCUUCCUUCCUCCCCCAUUCUGCUGGCACCUUUCACCCAUAACCCACAUCCCCUGUCACCUAUGUCCUGGGCUCAGUGCAAACUCCUCUGCCCAUACCCCUCUGUCCUAGCCCAUGACUCCCACGUUGUCUCAGCCCAGGCUUCCCAUCUCUACCUCUGCCACUGCCCCUCAGUCCUACUGUGAAUUCCCCUGCUAUCCAAGUCCUUGGCUCUCCUUGCCCCAGCUCUGCCAGUGGCCUUCAGUCUGGGCUCCCCUGUAUAUGGGGCUUUGCUAGUACCCCUCAUACCAGUGAGGGAAGCAAGCUGUGGAUGACAGCAGUUUCUAUGUAGUUGCCAAGCAAUAUUAGUUGAAGCAGUGGGGAGGUGAGCUCUGGCUACCUGAUAAGCCCUACAGAAAGCUGUGCCUACAGACCUUUAAGGGAAAAGUGAGCAUCUGCUCUAGCUGGGGCUGGAGGAGGCGAUCACUAAACUCCCCAUGGGGUACAGCAGAGCCAGCCCAGCACUGUUCUCUCUGCUAUGCUGCAGGGUGGGUAGCAGCAGUCCCAGCCAGGACAGCAUCUUAGGGUAUGCAGCAGGGGGGAAGGAGAGCCCCUGUGAAGCACUAUGACAACUCCAAGACCUGGUGCUGGAUGUUGGAGCUCAUGCAGCAGCACCCAGCACAGAACAGCAGCCAGUGAUGGCUGCCCUAACCCCUAACUCCUUGCAUACACAAAGGUCCUACCUGAGAAGUGCCAGGUUGUCCCACAGGGGCAGGUCUCACAGCAUGUUGGGCAGGCAGCAACUUGGCUUGGGGUGUGCCAUAGCAGUGACAGGGUCUCCUUAUCUUCCCAACCCAGCAGUUCCGCACAGAUGGCCGUAGCUCUCCUUUGGCUUUCUCUGUCCCUCCCAAAGGGCUCCAUUGAGUAUGUAUGUAAUAGGAGUGAGACCCUUU